UUCAAAGAGCUACACACGUGUGGGACAUGCGUUGGCGCUCACACACCGUGUCAACGCUCGCGGCAUUCACCGAUUUGCACCGUCAAUCACAACGAUGGCUCUUAUUCAACUGCAACGCUGGUGGCGCCGCUGCCUCCUCAAGCUCUACGAGGCCAAGGCCAAGUCGCUCGCCGAGCAGCAGCACAUGCUCGAGACCAAGAUCGCAAUCAUCAAGGCGCAGCUCGUGGAUCCAAACGCAAACUUGCCCAUGACGAGCCUCUACGACGGCCUCGAGGUCCUCCACGAACAGCCCACCGAGGACAUCAACGCGUGGAUGAACGAGCACGAAAAGUUGCGCGCUGCGGUCUUCGACCAGCUGCAAGCGAUCAAAACCAACGUCCAAUACGCGCAGCCGUCGCCGGCCGUCACGCCCGCGCGCCCGAGCCGUCCGAUCAAAGGCCUCGCGGCGCCGUCGCCCAAGACGACGCCGCGCCCGAAUGCGCUGCCGUCGCCGGCCCACUCGUCGUCCUCGUCUCGGCACAUGAACAUUGGUGGCAGUACGCACCCGCUGCAAGAGUCGCUUGAAGGCAUGGAAAAGUCAUUCCAUAUCCUGCUCCGCGUCAUGCGCGUCGUCUUUUCCGGUCGCAAGACGGACGGCAGCCAGAAAGUCCCGUCGUCCAUCAUCGUGUCGCACCAAAUUCAGCAAACGAUCGUCCGCCUCCUCUCCGAGAUCCACGAGCGCCUCGACGACACAAUGCAGAUCCAGGCGUCGCUGCUCGACGAGCCAAUGGCAACGCCAAAAGCGUCGUGGAAGACCAUGGCCCACACCGAAGCGCUGCUGCCAUACACGCUCGGGUCGGAUCCGUGGAACCGGCUGUGCCGCGACUGGGCGCAAGGCAGCGAGACCAAGGUCGCGUCCUUGCACCGGUGGCUGGAUGCGGCACUGCACAAGCCCACGAACUGCCUCAAGCCGAUCGAGCUCCAGUGCCUCCACCCGGUCGUGCUCGAAGGCUUCCUCAAACUCGUCGUGCCAGCGCUCAAGGCCAAGCACGGCCACAGCAUGGUCGUGCAGACCAAGCCGCUCACGGGCACGCUCCUCCGACUGCAGUUCCAGUCGUCGCCGUCGACGCCGAGCAGUACCGUGUACAACAUGCGUGGCACCAUGGUCGCGUAGUGCUUUUUUAUUCCCUAUCUUAUUCGCGCGUUUGACAGUUGUAUCUAUAUAUAUCGACGUCGUUCAACCACGGCGCUCCCAUUGAAUUAAAUAAAGAGAAUUGAUACUAAUAAUUCGAUUUAUUACGAGCCAUUCUUAG